GUUGUUAAAAGUGAAAUGAAGUAUCUCGGUUACGUUCUGCUACUUGUGGCAUUGGCCUUCGCCUCUGCCUGGGGUCGUGUGCCCUAUCCAGAUGUGGUUGAGUUGCCGCCACUUGUUGAGGAUGAGGAGAUCUAUCAGCGUGCCAUCUAUGUGAAUCCCCAAGUACAGCCCGAAAGUCGUGCAGCUGCUUGCAGUGUGGUUAUACGAGGUGGUUUGCCUUCACCCCAGCCCAUUUAUUUGGAAACCGACUCCGAGAACUUCUAUCCCUUCAAUGAUGUGGGCGCCAUGGAGUUUGAAUCUGGUGGCACUUUGCAAUUAUGGUGUCCCGGUGCUUUUACCACCCAUUCCGAAACUCUUCUGACCGCCAAGUGCGUCAGUGGCACAACAUUCCAAGUUGAUGGCACCAACUAUGAAUUCAAGGAUCUGUAUUGCAAAUCCUGGCCAACAUUCAAGGCCGAGAAAACUGGAAGCAGCUGCAAUGGCGGUGAGCUUAUUCGUGUGGGUUUCGCCAUCUCAUCCAGUCGCUUCGCCACCGAUAUGCAAAUCUGUUUCAACGAGGAAGAGGAAGUCACUCGCUACACUCGCCACCAAUUGUUCCCGGGCAGCAAUUACUAUCAGACGGGCGUGGAUCGCAUCACCUUCACCACUGGCGGUUUCUUCGAUGGCAAGAAUGUGGACAAACUGUAUACCCAGGCCACCCAGCUGGAGACCAUCAACAAUGAUUUGGGCGGCGAUGCUGCUCAGUAUUUCGAUAGCUCCGCCAAUGUCUAUUUGGCACGUGGUCAUUUGGCUGCCAAGGCUGAUUUCGACUAUGCCGAUCAGCAGCGUUCCAGCUUCCUGUUCAUCAAUGCGGCACCUCAAUGGCAAACCUUCAACGCCGGCAACUGGGCACGUGUUGAGGAUGGUGUGCGUGCUUGGGUCUCCAAGAAUAAGAUGAAUGUCAAUUGCUAUACUGGUGUCUAUGGUGUCACUACUCUGCCCAAUAAGGAUGGUGUCGAAACUCCUCUGUAUUUGGCCAAGGAUGCCAACAACAAUGGCCUAAUCCCAGUGCCCAAAUUGUAUUUCCGUGUCGUCAUUGAGCCAUCGACUCACCGUGGCAUUGUCUUUGUGGGUGUCAAUAAUCCCCAUUUGACCGAGGAGCAAAUCAAGCGCGACUAUGUCAUCUGCACUGAUGUCGGUGACCAGGUUACCUAUGUCAACUGGAAGAAAGACGACAUCAAGACUGGCUACUCCUAUGCUUGUGAGGUGGCUGAUUUCCUAAAGACCGUCAAACAUUUGCCAGCCCUGACUGCCAAGGGUGGUUUGUUGAUUUAGACAUUUGAUACAAAUAAAUUGCAAUCAUACGAUUAAUAAUUGAGCGAAA